AUGGCCAGCAAAGUUUGGCUUGUUACAGGAACAUCUUCCGGCCUUGGAAGCGAAUUUGUCAAAGCUGCCCUUGGUCGUGGUGACAAGGUGAUCGCGACAGCUCGUAACGUGGACAAUAUAGCCCAUCUUCGAGAACUUGGAGCAGCAGUCUUGCAGCUUGAUGUCACUGAUCCGCAGGCGGAGCUGGACCGCAAAGCUAUCGAAGCAAUCUCCGUGUACGGAAGAAUUGAUGUCCUGGUGAACAAUGCUGGAUACACCCAAUUCGGCACUGUCGAGGAUACUAGCCAUGACGACUGGUACAACCAAUUCAACACCAAUGUCUUUGGGACCCUGAAUACAACUAGAUCAUUCCUCCCCCACCUACGAAGCAACAAAACCGGUACCAUCAUAUUUGUUGGCUCGAUGGUUGCAUGGGACGGUGCCCCAGUAGUCGGAGCCUAUUGCGCCUCGAAAGCUGCUAUUCAUUAUGCCGUUGAAUCGCUAUCCAGAGAGGUAGCAACUUUUGGGAUCAAAACCCUGCUUGUCGAACCUGGCACGUUUCGUACCGACCUUUUGACCCAGAAAAACAGCAAGUCCGUCGAAACCAGGUUCGAGGACUACAAAAGCUUGACCGAGUUUAUGGCAGGCCAAUUUCGGAUGCUGGAUGGAAAUCAAGCUGGAGAUCCUAGAAAGGGUGUUGAAUGUGUCAUUGAUGUUGUUAAAGGGGAGAAUGGCACAGCGGGAAAGGAGUGGCCGAGUCAAUUGCCGCUUGGCUCUGAUGCCGUUGCCGCCAUUCGCAAGAAAUGCGAGGAUACCUUGCAACAACUGAAAAUGUGGGAGGAUCUUUCGACUAAGUCAGAUAUAUAG